CAGCCCUGGAGCAUAUAUAAUAGAGGGCAGACCAAAGGGCAGCUGGAUUUUGCUCCCUGUCUCUCUGCCCACUCCCUCUCCAUCGGACAUUUUCGGUAACGAAGUGACAACUCCAUAAACUACCCGCAUACGCCUCGCGCAUCCUCCCGUAGCCCCUGCAGCCCUGCUACCUACCUAGCGCUUCUUGCAAAAUGGUUGCUCCCGCUAUUGUCCUCGGCCUUCGUGGCGUUCAGGUUUUGCUCUCUAUCAUCGUGUUGGGGCUUGCUGCAUACCUCGUCAAUUCUUUGACCACUCCAUGGGGAACUUGGAGUCCCCACAGUCUCAAUUUCAUGCUCUUUACCUCGGUAUGGACUCUGCUUGCAGUCGCAUACCUCGUCUUGUCGCCAACACGGUUCCCCCGUGCGGCACACAAGUUUGCCAUUGGCGCCGUGGAGUUCCUGACCAUGAUAUUCUGGUUCGCGGCCUUUGUCGCUGUGGCUGCGCUAUGGGGUGAUAUUUGGUGGCGUAGGGGAACCUUCUACAGCUGUGGUGUUGCGGCUAUCGUGUUUUCCGCCUUCCUUUGGCUUACGUUUGUCGCCACUACUGUCCUUGCCGCCCUGCAUAUUCGCAGCACUCCUCGCAACGAUAAUGCGCCUGCUCCAAAUAUGGCUGGUGUCUAAUUGACUUGAACUUGCUCCUAUGGCAAGCGCACACUUCGACUAUUUGUCGCAUGAUACCCAUUCCUAUUCUUUUCCACGAAGAGGUCAAAUUGUUAGCUUCUAGCGCGGCGUCUAUAUUUUCUGGAGAUAUACCCCUAAAUAAUAUGCUAGCGCGGUUAUCCUGUCUCUCUAGUAUGAUCAAAGUCUCUUGAUGAAUAUGAUUUACUUAACACGUGAUUUUGCUUACCACCAGUCUUUUUUCGGUGCUUCAAACUCCCAAGCGCCUCCCUGUGCUUCAAUAGAACGUGGAACAACAGGCCUGGGGCUAACUCUCUACUGAUUUAAUUUUGCAGCAAGGCGACCACUAGGUGAUUACCUAGGAAGCAAUUGGAGGGGUUGGAGGGAUGAGAGUG